CAAUCUGUAGCUUAAGGCGCAGUGCUGCAGCAGCGUUGAGACCUUCAGUCUGAGCAAUUGACGGGGGGAAAAGAGUCGGCAUGGCCCCGAAAAUUAACUUUGAGUUCUCCAUCCGGAAAUAUGGGCCUUCUGAGGAACGUGAGGUCUUGGCGCUCUUUCGGGAUGGGAUUCUCGAACAUGUGUACCCGGCGUUUUUUAGGGCCAUGAGUAAUGUGGACCACCUUGGGCUUACUCUGAGUAUCUCCAUGGCCGGAUAUGUGCUCGGUGGGAGCUCCUACUUCCAAGCUUUCUUCUUUGGCUUUGCAUGGGCUGGCCUCAUUUAUUCCUGCUGCCACGAAAUCUACAACAGCUACAUGAUGAGGAGGCUAAACACAGAUAUGGCCGACAUCGAAAGCAGCUACCUAGAAAACCCAGAUAACGGCUUCUGGGUGGCAGAAGCAGACGUCAACGGUCAGACCAGGGUGGUGGGGAUCAUGGGGGUGAUGGGGAAAAGCGAAGAGGAGCACGGCGAGAGGUUCAAUGACUGGAACGGAGGUGUGAGCGGCUCUGAAAUCGGCCAAGACACCGUGGACGGGAGCUUCGGAGAGGUGUGCCAUCUGGUGGUGGCGUUCCCGUGGCGCCGCAAGCAGCUGGGGUCGCAGCUGACUCGCAAAGCUUUGGAAUUCUGCAAAGAGCGAGGGUUCACCCGGCUCGCCGUGGACCUCAGCUCACCGCAGACGGCGGCCAUUUCCAUGUACCAAAAAUUAGGCUUUGUUCAAACUGCGUCCCACAGCAACACUCACACCAAUAAGUGGUUCUCCAAACUAGCCCGCAUAAAUGUGGUGCACUUAGAGAAAAUCAUUUGAAUAAAAGAAAGCAGAGACUUUAGACCCCUGACACAUGCUUUUGCGUCCAACAUAAAAGUUAAUUUAUGGUUUUUCUUCUUUCAAUGCAGAAGAAAAUCUCCAGUGUGACAUCACCCUUGACUCACCGUCAGUGUUAUUCAAAGGAAAAAGCAUGAAAUUUCCCAUAAAGAAGCCUUGCUAUCCUUAGUUUUCUUGUAUUUUUUUUCUUGCCUUGAUCUAUUAUGUACAUACCUGCACUCCACUCUGUCUAUUGAACAACUUGUUGAUUUUUUUUUCUAAAAUCAUAUUAGCUGUUGUUUGCCAAUGCAUGAAAAAUAAGUCUCUUAAACGUUUAACUGAUUAUAGGGAAUGAGGCGUAAUCCCCUUUCAAUAUUUGCUUUGUUUGGACGGAGCUGCAUGAAAACGUGACAGGAAAGAUGCAGUCGUCUGAAAGCAGGUGAACUUUUUUCCCGGGAAAAGUUGAGUCCCUCUGCCUGAGAGGAAUUAAUGCCAGCUGACUCGUAAGACCCCGCAACUCUUUGCUUAAAAUACCAAUGGAAAAUGCAGUAGCUUCAGGAUAAAGAGAGGUUUAAAAUUCUUUGGAGCUGAAAUCUCACAUGUGCACGAGAAGAGAACAAAGACUUUCAGGUCAUCUUGAAUAAAGCAAAUGACCAUCAAA